AUGCUAGAUCCGAGAGAUGAGGUUGCUAACCAGGAAGAUUUGCUAAGUGAGGAUUCGUCAGACGAGUAUAAGGAUUUAUGCAAGGAAUUUGAGUUAAGGGCAAGAGCUAUUAAAGAGAAACGGCAGAAACAGCUGAAACAGUUGCAGGACGAGUUGGUAAACCCACAAUGUGAAGUACAAGCGUCGCCAGAGAAAAAAGAGCCAAAACCAGUAAAUUUGGAAGCUUCAAUUGAUCUGUCAAAUGAAGCCAAGCUGGGUUUUUUGUCUCAUGCUACAAAACCAUCACAAUUGUUGGCAAAAUUGUAUGAUGCCAAUUUGAAGAGAGAACAAGAGAAACACGCGAGUAUAGACUAUGACCGGAGAAAGUUUGAGUUUGACUUUUCGGGGUAUGAAUACAAUGCAAAAGAUGUAAGCAAUGAUCAGUGUUCAAUCUCGGGCCACUAUUUAAGAAAACGAUAUUUGACUAAAGAGCAAGUUGAACAGAUCUUAACUGAGACAGAUUGCGAGUUGAAGAUUGUUAAAACUGAUAAACUUUUAGCCAAAGUACAUAGGGAAAAUAACUAUGCUGAACCACUAUACACCAAUUGGUGUCUUGUUGGAUUUGUCAUCCAAAAAUCAAAAGUCUUGUAUACCAAGACUGAUAAGAAAUACAUGAAAUUGAAAAUUGGGAAUUUUCAACAUAGUGUUGAUUUGAUUUUAUUUGAUGGCGCUUUUGAGCGGAAUUGGAAGUUGCAGCAGGGCGACUUAAUCUUGAUAUUGAACCCCAUUAUUAAUAAAUACGAAAUAAAGGUUGAUGAAUUUAAAUUCAAAACCGGGUUUAAUUUGAAAUUGGACAAUACAAAUGUUUGUAGUAUAUUGGAGAUUGGCGCGAUCAGAGACUUUGGUCUUUGUCAGUACUUGAAAAAAAGUGAUAACCAAAGAUGUAAUAACGUGGUCAACACAACAAAGCAAAAGUUGUGUGAUAUUCAUUUGGAUAUGAAAUUUAAACAAAGUACAAGAAUGGAAUUGAACGGAUGUGUGACUAUGAGAUCGCCUAGUAAAAACAACAACAAGACAAAGGUUUAUAUGAGUACUGGUAAGAAUGGGGUUCUCAAUACUACGAUAUCGUCAGGACACGUUAGACAUUUUAACGAAGACUCACAAUUUACUAGUUCAGGAAUAGGGAAGAUUGAUACUCGCAAGUAUCAAGAUCCUAGAAUCCUACAAGUUCAAGCGAAAAAACGCAAACUACUAAAUGAGCGAGCUAAUCAAGUCUUGGAGAAGAAAUUAUCUCAAUUAUCCAAAAACAAUAAUUCAAUUGUUGAUAGCUUAAAUUUGAAAAUCAACAAACAUGAGACCCCUAGUGUUUUGGAAACCCAUUUCUCGCCUUCAAUGAUAUCUAAAAUCGGAUUUGAUCCAACAAAUAUAGAAAUGAACAAAUCAGCACCUCAACCCAAGAAAUUGCAAGAAUUAUAUGAACUCACGUGUAAAUCGUCACAAAACAAACAUUUGGGAGUAUCGACUGAGGAUAAAAAGGCGAAAUUGAAGCACUGGCAGAAGAAUAUUUCAAAUUUGAAAAAAUACGAUUCUAAAUUGAAAGAAUCAAAUUUGAGUAUAAGUAGCACUAUGAAUGUUAGAGGUGGCUCUUUUAUCAAAAAAAGAAAAACAGACAGAACGGUGGAAACGGAUGAUGAUAAUGAUGAUGAUGAUAAUAAUAAUAUUGAUGAUGAUAAUGAUGAUGAUGAUGACGAUUUGGAUAUAAUGUUUGACAAUGAUGAGUCAAAAGUCAAGUAUGCCAAAAUUUUAGGUAAAUAA